GGAGAGAGAAAAUCUAACUAACUCUGAAAUUGCGGAAAUAGUGAUUUUUUUUUCGAUUGCUUUGAAGGAUACUAUUUACUGACUUGACCAGAUGACGAUGGGAACACUCAAUGUCACCAUACCCACUGGGGGUGAAAGUAAUACAGAUUUAACUCCUGAAGAAGAGGCUUUGCUGGCUGACAUACGAAUCAGGAAAGAAAAGUUAUUGUCAGAAAUUCAGCAAUUAAAAUGUGAGAUAGCAGAUGUUGAUUGGGAAUUGGUGAAGAUGGAUGAAAUAGAUGAUAGCAAAACUGAUAGUAGAACUAAAAAGAUAAUCGCUGCCACUCGAAAAUUCGGCAUGGACCCGAAAAAGGGCAUAGAGUAUAUGAUAGACAAUGGAUUAUUGAAAAACACACCUGAAGAAGUUGCGCAGUUUCUGUACAAAGGUGAAGGACUCAAUAAAACUGCCAUCGGUAACUAUCUUGGAGAGUUUAAUGAUUUCAACAUAAAAGUACUACAAUCCUUUGUAUAUCUUCAUGAGUUUGCUGAUAUGAUAUUGGUGCAGGCACUCAGACAAUUUUUAUGGAGUUUCCGAUUACCAGGGGAAGCACAGAAAAUAGACCGAAUGAUGGAAGCGUUUGCCAAGAGAUAUUGUGAGAGUAAUCCAGGGGUGUUCACUAAUGAAGAUACAUGCUAUGUGUUAUCAUUUGCUAUAAUAAUGUUAAACACUAGUCUACAUAACCCUAGUGUGAGAGAUAAACCAUCUGUGGAGAGGUUUAUAUCAAUGAAUAGAGGUAUUAAUGACGGUGGUGAUCUACCGAGAGAAUUACUUGAGAGCUUGUAUGAUAGUAUAAAGAAGGAGCCGUUCAAAAUACCUGAUGACGAUGGGAAUGAUUUGACACAUACAUUCUUUAAUCCAGAUAAAGAAGGAUGGCUCCUAAAACAAGGAGGUAGAUAUAAAAACUGGAAAAGAAGGUGGUUUAUUCUGACAGAUAACUGUCUUUAUUAUUUUGAAUAUACAACAGAUAAGGAACCCAGAGGCAUCAUUCCAUUAGAAAAUCUCAAUGUCAAAGAUAAUGAUAUCAAAGAAAGUAAAAAACCAUUUUGUUUUGAGCUGUUCUCAUCAGAUGGAAACAGUGUUAUCAAAGCUUGUAAAACAGAUGCUGAAGGAAAAGUUGUAGAAGGACGCCAUCAAAUUUAUAGAAUGUCUGCGGCCUCCGCGGAUGAGAGGGAUGAUUGGACCAAGAGUAUCAGAGCCAGUAUCAGUCAAGAUCCAUUCUACAACAUGUUGGUAGCAAGAAAGAAAAAAGCAACUCAUAAAGUGUAACAUGUUUUCAACAUUUAGAUCAUAACAAUUAUGUAAGGUUUUAUUAUAAAGUCUAUAUUCAGUCAAAACAACCAUAUUAUUAUAUUAAACAAAGACUAUAAUUCUUCUGAACUGGAAUGAAAACAAACUGAAACAUACAUUCAGUGUCAUUGAAAGCAUUUGAAAUCUCAACACAACUAUGUGUGCAUUUUGUUGCAAAAGAGGUUAACAAUUUUAUUAGAUUCUGCUCAAUAUAACUGAUAACAUGUAGACAGUAUGACAUUGAGAAUGACAUUUUCCUCAGAUCCCCUUGAUGUGUAAUAUAUAUGUGUGGUCACAAAAAUAUUUUCAGUACAUGGUUCGUGGAGCAUGACAACAUAUACAAAUCAUGACAUUAGAUUUAUCAUUAAAAUUCAUACUAUGCGUUUUACUGGAUAUAAAUAAAAUUAUCUUAGGAAUUUUACCAUGUAACCCAAUAUUGAAAGGUAAAUAAAAUGAUUAAAAAUCAACUUGUUACUUCACUAGUACAGAUAAAAUACGACUCUCACAAUCUGCUCUUAUACAUGCUGCAAGUAUUUAAUCAGCGUUUCAAAUCUUAACAUUUUGAAACGUCUAUGCUGGAAAGUCUUUUUGUUAAACUGGUGACUUAUUCAAUCUUUCCUUUAUUUUUAAAUUAAGAUAUUUUUUAAAACCUGUUAAUACAAAUUAGCAUGACAUUGUUGGUGAUUGAUAUUAUGGUGUCCCCAACAGACUUCUUUGCAUCAAAGUUAAUCUGUCAGCAAAGGUUCAAUGCUAAUGUGUCACGAACCAUGUCAGACAACAUAUUAAUGUGUUACAUACUAAUGUGUAACUUAACUAAAUUGUUAACCGCUUGUAUCUAGUCAUUGUUAUACCAAGAGACAAGUUUGUUUGCAAUCAGGCUACUAUACUGCUUUCAUAUCCAUAGUUAUAUAUUGUUUUCAUAUCUAUGUUCUUAUCAUUGUCAAGUCAAUUUCUUUUGAUAUUGAACAUACAAUAAAAUUCUGGGCUGGUUCCUGGAGCCUUAUAUAUUUUUUUCACUCUUUAAAAUAAACUUUUAUGUUUUAUUAUUAUAUUAAUUAAUUAUCAACUACAAUAGUAUCUAUUUAUAGGUGUAUUCAUAGGUGGUGCCAAACAGGAAAGUGUCUUCGAAAAUGGCAUAUCAUCAAAUCGCAGUACUGAAUUGAGGUCUAUUUAUAGUGACGCUACAGGAUGAAAACAGACUGUUUAUUUCCUGAAACAAUAGUAGUUUUUGGUAGUUCAUGAAACUUAUCAUUGUGUAUUGUUUUUGAUAUAGGGUUGUACAACGUAUACAGUGCAUGGUAAAUGUAUUUAUAUACUGUAAAAUGACUAAUUUUCACUGGGUUUAAAUUUCACUGAUUUACCAUUUCAUGCAUAUUCAGUGGGUUUUAAAUUCAUGGUUUUAUUAUUUAGAUAAUGUGUUCUAUGCUAAAUUUUACAUAUUCACUGGGUUUUACUUUAGCGCAUUUUCCAGACAGCGAAAUAAGCAAAAUUACAACCCAGUGAAUAAUUAACCCUUUUACAGUACAUAAAAUUUACUUGCGCUGCCUAAUGAAUGUAGUGCUUUCAGGAAGUCAAAUAUUCAGUGAUCUCUACACGAUAAAGCCAUAGAACAUUUGUAUAUACAGUGUAUGAUGUACACAAUAUGUGCAGAUAAAACAUUGCCAGUAUUAACUUACAAAUACAAAAUAUUUUAAUUUGAUUUUCUCAAAUUGCACUUAAACAAUGUUUAUUUUGCCAGAACACACUAGUUGUGCUUUUUCGUGUUGAGGAUGCGUCUAACUAGUGUAGAAUUUGGUUAGCUAAAAUGGGAAAAAUAUGUCAGCAAGAUGGUGGUAAAGCACUACAAAUUCUUUGUCCAUGGAAACAAUUCCUAUAGGGAUUCCCUCUCGACUUAACUUUGGUGGUCAUUUUGGAUUGCAACAUGCAUACAAUUGAGUUUCAUAAUUAAAAAACAAUCAGGAAAUCCUAUACUGCAUUUCACUUAAAUUUGUAUUGUUAGUAAACUUUUUUUUUAAAGCCUUUGACAUUUUGAGUAAUAUGUGUAAAUAAAUGCCCUAACUAUCCUAUUUACUGUGUGCUAUAAACCAAACAACAUCAAGCAGUACCAUAGCCCUGGUUGUGAUAGUUUUUAGCAUCUUUGGGUGUCGUCAAGUCACUGAGUUGCUUGUGAGAUUCUCGGUUCAACAAUCAAAGAUGGACUAUAUUACAAAAUUAAUAUUCAAUGAAUAGUAAUUUUCAUUAAAAUUAGUCCAAUACACGCACCAGAAUCACUAACUCCUAAACAUUCUAACUUUCUGAUUUGAUUUUUGGUCAAAUUAUUCAAAAUUGAAAGGGCUUUCAACUAAAUUUUGCUGACAAUACAUUUUACUGUGGUUACGAAUUUGUUUCGUCCACCUAACCAGGAAUGUUGGCAGCUAAUUACCGGUAGCUGACACUGCAGCUGUGUUGCAAGUAACAUUGUCUGCAAAUAUACUUUGUUCCUGUAUUAUCAGCCAAUUAGCUGGCGAUAUUGCUGGUUAGGUUUAUACAACAAAUUUGCAGCCACCAGAUAAAUGUUCAGACCCUUGAUGCGUUUGAAGUGAUGUGCUUGAAAUGAAUAUGUAAAUUUUCAUAUUUGUAGUAAAUAUGAAUAAAUCUUUAUUAAAUCAG